AUGGCUUCCCUCAACUAUACUCUCCGACCCCCAAAUCGCUCCGACGUCCCCGUUCUAAGCGACCUGUUAUACAACUCAAAGCUCACAUUAACCAUUAAUCGCCUUCUAUUCAAGGAUUGUCCAAACGAGCAAGCUCAGCGCAAGAAUUACGCCUCUGUGUUUGAUGGGCUUGAAUCAUCUCCUACUGAAACUGUUGCCGUGUGCGAUGCCGCCUCCGGGGAGGUUGUAGGCCUCCUGGCAUUCGCUCGAAAGAGACCUUCAGUUGAUACCGAUGAAUCUGCUUCACCUUCGACUAAGGAACCCCAAAAUAAACCGGAUAUUUUCAACCAAGAGGUGCUGGGGGCAGUCAUGGAGACGGUGAAAACACUUUCGGAGAAUACAAAGGGAUUGGAUCAUUACGGUGGGCUUCCCGUUCUUGUCCUAAAAUCCGGGGUUGAAACAGACAAAAGGAACUAA